AUAAAAAGACUCGUACCCAAGAACGAAUGAUUUGAAGAUAUAUAUAUAUAUAUAUAUAUAUAAUUUCUUCGGCUUGGCAAUUCAACAAACACCUAGACUACAUCCUGAAUGACCUUGAGGAUUCCGUGAUGGCAUCGAACGUAAGGGCUCUUGGAGCACUCCUCCAUAGAGUCUCGCUCUCCUCCUCCUUGGCACCCCUUAGCAGCGCAUCUGCUCUUCGCGGAAUUCGAUGGCUUGAAAGGAGUCCGCUUUCUUUACCAUCCUCCGAAGUAGCCAGAAGAGCGAGGAGGAUAUGGGCCACUGGCCCUGUUUGCAUGGGCAGACGCUCUUGCAAGAUCGCUGGAAGAAAGGAUGCUCAAAACUUGAAGAAGAUGAAGCGCAACUCAAAAAUCGGAAAAGAAAUUGUAGCUGCUGUUAAAAAAGGAGGUCCAAAUCCAAAAUCAAACACGGUCUUAGCAGCCGUGUUAGAGAAAGCCAGAGAGCUUGAUGUGCCUAAGGAAAUUGUGGAACGUAAUAUCAAAAGAGCUUCAGAUAAGGGGCAAGAGACAUACAUUGAGAAAUUCUAUGAGGUAUAUGGUUUUGGUGGUGCUGGGAUGGUAGUUGAGGUCUUGACGGAUAAAAUAACUAGAUCAGUGGCUGCUGUCCGAGGAGUGGUGAAGGAUUGUGGGGCAAAACUUGCUGAUCCGGGGUCUAUAUUAUUCAAGUUUAGGCGGGUGCGUGUAGUAAAUGUAAAAGUAGCUGAUGUGGACAAAGAUCAAUUGCUUGCUAUUGCCUUAGAUGCCGGUGCUGAGGAUGUUAUUGAACCUACAGUUUACGAUGAUGAUGAUGAAGAGGAUAGCUCAGAAAGCUACUAUAAGAUUGUGACUUCAGCCGAAAAUUACACUGAUAUACUAUCUAAACUGCGUGAUGAAGGAGUAGCUUUUGAACCAGACAAUGGUUUUGAGCUAUUACCGUUAAACCACAUUGAGGUGGAUGAUGAAGCUGUAGAACUAAACAAGGAGCUCAUGUCUAAGUUACUUGAACUUGAUGAUGUCGAUGCUGUUUAUUCUGAUCAAAAGUGAUUCCUUUGAUAAUUUAACAAUUAUAUACUUAGAGAACAAAAUAACAUUUUUAUUCUGCAAAUUGCUGUGUGGUUGGAAAAAUGACUGUUUCUUCAUUUGGUCAAUUGCACUAUCAAUACCAUCUCCUUAUCUGGCUGAUGCAUAAAGAAAUAAUGAGAAGGACUACGACGACGAUGACGGUGCAGUGAAGCCAUGAUUUGUUUUGUUUCAGUACAAAUGUGUGGUUUUUUAAAACCCUUGGCUACAAUGUUGAGCUCAAAGCUCUAUUUUUUAUUUUUAUUUUUAAUCUUUUUAUUGAUAAAUGUAACACUUGAUUCAAGUUACAGUGGUUGGAAAGAGUUGUGCUGUUUUG